AUGCCGAGAACUGAGUCAUACUCUCGCACAGCCAUCUUUGAAGCCAAUCAAAUGGCACAGCCGUCACCAAAGCAGUCGCCAAAGCCUAAAAGGUCCAGGCACUACGUCCUGUCAACGCCCAACGCAACCAAUGCCUGUCAACGGGUCCAUAUUGUCAACAAACAUCGUUCGGCAUUUCCGGAUGCAAUAAUUUGUCAACAGGAUCAACCAACCUUUCACGUCAUAAACCAACACCCCCAGCACCACGACCAGAAUCACCGCUAA